AUGGCCUCGGCGAUGAAAUUCUCGUACUACACCCGCGCGGCCACCAAAGACGUCACCAACCUCGAGCACCCACCACUAUCCGCCACCAACUCGCUAAGCAACCUGGAGGACUUCAAACGGCGCUUCCGGCGCAGUGGAUCGCUCGGGAUUCCGUUUGUCCCGGAACAGGAUGCGAAGGCAUUAAAGCGCGAGCUUUCGAUCCGUGAGGUGGAUGAGGGCCAACCUGUGCUUACCGUAAUCGCGAAGACUCCAAAACGCCCUCGACAGAUUGCCGAGAUGCUGGCGGCGAUGCCGGCCGACAUCUCCGUGAAGCACAUCGAGACGCGCGACUCCAAGGAGAAUCAGAAUACUCUGGACACCCUCCUCGAGCUCGAGCUGGAAUACGGGAUGGACAGCGAGCAGGCGAUGGCCCACAUGAGAGGGAAUGGGCUGGAUGUACACGAGGUCUCCUUCUCCAUCCAACCCCAGCAGACGGAGAGCGAAAAGCUGGUGGAGCCCGGAUCGAACGACGCGACAACGGGUUGUGAAUGGUUUCCAAAGCACAUCGCCGACCUGGACAUCUGCGCGAAGCGCGUCAUCAUGUAUGGCGCCGGACUGGAUGCUGACCAUCCGGGCUUCAAAGACCAGGACUACCGAAAGCGCCGCAUGAUGUUCGCCGAGGUGGCCAUCAACCACAAGCACGGGGAAUCGAUUCCCAGAAUCGAAUACUCGGAGGUGGAGCGGAAGACGUGGGGCAUCAUCUACCGCAGGCUGCGAGAGCUUCACAAAAAAUACGCUUGCCAGGAAUUCCUCGACAACUUCGAGCUACUCGAGCGCCAUUGUGGAUAUUCUGAAAACAACAUCCCACAGCUGGAAGAUAUCAGCGUCUUUUUAAGAGCAAAAACCGGCUUUCGCGUCCGCCCAGUGGCGGGUUAUCUGACGGCGCGCGACUUCCUGGCCGGGCUGGCGUACAGAGUAUUCUUCUGUACGCAAUAUAUUCGACAUCAUGCCGAUCCGUUUUACACCCCGGAACCAGAUACUGUACACGAGCUGAUGGGCCAUAUGGCCCUUUUUGCGGAUCCAGACUUUGCCCAGUUCAGCCACGAAAUUGGGCUCGCCUCUCUCGGAGCCUCGGAGGACGACCUCAGCAAGCUGGCUACGCUCUACUUCUUCUCGAUCGAAUUCGGGCUCUCCUGCGACUCGCACCUCGACUCGAUCGAUACGUCUGGAGGGAAAGAAAAUCGAAACAAUCCGCCUUACAAGAUCUACGGCGCAGGGUUGUUGAGCAGCGCCGGGGAGCUGCAGCAUGCGAUCGAAGGCAAGCCAAAAGUCCUCCGCUUCGACCCGGAGCGCGUCGUCGAGCAGGAAUGUUUGAUCACCACCUUCCAAGACGCCUAUUUCUACACUCGGAAUUUUGAGGAGGCCCAGCAAAAGUUAAGAAUGUUCACCAACAACAUGAAGCGCCCGUUCGUCGUCCGGUACAACGCGUACACCGAGAGCGUGGAGGUGCUGAACAACCAGCGCUCGCUGAUGCUGGCCGUCAACUCGUUGCGCAGCGACAUCAAUUUGUUAGCCAGUGCUCUCCAUUUGACGCUU